GCGCUCAUAUUGGUGCGCGAGCGCGGCCGCAUUGCCGGCCCGUACGAGAAUUAUAACGUGAACGCGACUAGUUUGAUAGGAUGCCGUCAGCCCAUGUGUUUGAGCGAGAUUGUAAAUUGUUAUAAUUGGGAAUGGCGGCCAGUAUUCGUCGUACUGUUGAUUCUUUUGUUACGAGCCCCGAAGGCGAGUUAUAUUACGUACGCGCUCUCGUCCAGUGAAAUAAGAACCCGAGUUAACUAUUGGCACACGCGAGAUCAUCGCUAGGACGGCUGCAUUAUGCAUAUUAGUAUUGUAUGUGUGUGUAGUGUUCACAAAUAGUCGGUGCGAAAGGAGUUCGGAUGCAAUGAUCUCUAAUGUACAUCACAUGGAUUAUGGUUCAUCUUAAAAAAUAUAGUAAAAUUCAACAAUUAACAAAUUUUAAUGGAUCCCAUAUUAGAAAAUGAAUCUGCGUCGUUGGAGUCUCCGAGCAAACAUGGCAAAGCUAAACAUAGGAACAGAAAGAAGAAAAAUCAAUUCAAUACACCAAUUAAUGAGGGUCAAACUGUUGUUGGUUCGAAGAAAAAAUUCGUAGUCACAACUUUAUCUUCUUCUGAAAGCAAAGAUGUUGAACCAGAAAAUUAUCAACAAAGUAACGUUCAUACUGUUCAUUUCGGAACCCGUGGGGCUGAGUCACAAAGGCCUCAUGUUAGGUCAAUUUUUAAAGAUCGUGCAGCUGAUACAUCAAGGCCUUCUAGUGCAGAAAGAGAUUCUGGAAGUAAGAAGGAGUAUGAAACAUUUCAUGGAACAUCAUCUAGUCCUCGGAGUUCAAUAUUUGACAUAUUUAAAAUUAGGAGAAAGAGUGAUUCCAAAAAGCAUCAGUCACUUAUUCAAAAUGUCAAAGGAGCUUUGGCUAGCACUAGUAAAUCCACUGAGGCACCGGAGGCUAGCACAAAACAAGAGCCUGGCUCUGAGGAAGCCAAAGAGUCCCAUAAGAAAUAUUACUACACUGUUACUGGAGUUUCCUCUAGAAAAUAUAGUCCAAUUACUAGGGUUAUGGAUAUAUUUAGGAGUAAGCCACAAACGCAAGCAGACCAAAGUACACCCGAAGUAUCCAAAAAGAAGAGUACGAAACAAGCUCGCCGGUCAUCUAUAGGAACUACAUCGCCCACUUACCAUAAAAAUUCAUAUGCUUCAUUAGAUCCUGGACAAGCAAAACAGUUAUUUAGAGAAAUUCGAGGCUUACCAAAGUAUGAUCCAUAUCUGUCAAUAGUACAAAUAUCUAUAGGCGGGCGAGAUAAAACGCGGCUAUUGUUAAAUUUCUUUAAAUAUCAUAAGUGCUACGAAAUCUUACCAAAAUCUGCUAAAGUUAUUAUAUUUGACACUCAAUUUUUAGUUAGAAAAACGUUCCCAACGUUAGUAUCGCAUGGAAUUCGGUCGGCACCCCUUUGGGACGCUAAUAAAAAAUUACUUGUAGGAAUGAUUACUGUGACUGAUUUUAUAAGGAUACUUUUGCAUUUUGAUGCAGAAGGUUUAUCAAUGGAUGACUUAGAAAAACACACACUUCAUAAUUGGAAGAAAAUAUUGCGACCUUCGAGAAAACCUCUAUGUAGUGUAAGUCCUGAUCAGUCUUUACAUGAGGCAAUUAACUUACUGAACCAGAAUCGAAUACAUCGACUUUUAAUGAUAGAUCCCACGUCAGGAGACGUAUUGUACAUACUAUCUCAUAAAAGAAUUCUAAGAUUCUUAUUUGUUUAUCUCAAUGAAUUUCCCGAGUUAACGUUUUUCCAUAAAACACUUGUAGACUUAAAAAUAGGCACUUUUGAUGAUAUUAUAUCCGUCACUGACAACACUACUAUCAAGGAAGCUUUUCAGCUACUCUUAGAAAAAGAUGUAUCGGCUUUACCAUUGUUAGACGAAAAUGGUACUCUUAUAAGUGUUUAUGCUAAAUAUGAAGUAUUAAACUUAGUAAGUGAGAAAUUAUAUUUAAAUUUGUCUUUGACGAUCGGUGAGGUGAGACAUAAAAAGAAAGACUGGGAAGAAAAGUUACAGAAAUGUUUUUCGAGUAUUACAUUAUAUGAGGCCUUAGAAGUUAUAGUUAGAACUGAAAGCCAUCGACUAUUGUUAGUUAAUAAGGAGAAUAAGCUUAUUGGAAUCGUUUCACUGUCGGAUAUAUUAGUAUAUUUAAAUAGGAUUAUACCUAGUGAAAAGAAAACUUCUUCGUUGCAAGAGAUUUUCCGACCUCUAGAAGUAAACAAGGUACCGGAAUCUGUUAAAGAGAGUGAGAGUGAGGUAAUAUCCAUAGAAAUACCUCAAAUAGAAGUGAACAAUGUACCUGAGGCAAAAGAAGCCACCGUUUCGGAACCUGUUGAUGGUCAAGAAAAAGUAUUAGAAAAUAUUUCUAUGAGUGAAGUGGAAGAAACUAGUCCAAAUGAAGAGUCCCACGACGAAUAAUACAUAAAAGCGUUCUUUAAAUAUAAAUAAUCCACUUGUUAAAUAUUCUCGUAGGAAGUUUUUAAACAAUAUUAUAAUUAAAUAAAAAACGCGAGUUCGGCUAUCACGUAAAUUUUCCAUGCUUUUUGCUUGUAAAAUGAGAUACUGAAAUCUUAACUUAAUCAAUAAUAAUAAUAUAAUAGUUGCGUCGAUACCACGUCAAUGCCUUAUUUAUUGUUUAAUCCAUUAUUAUAUAAUAAUAA